CGCUAGUGACUGCAGUGCAAGCAUUAACAGUGCAAGCAGUGGCAACGUAAGAUUACAACAUGAGAAUAGCAAUUGUGUGCUUGAUCUUGGUGGUCGUGAUGAGCGCCAUGAUCCAGGGAUCCGACGCUUUUUUGGGUGGGGAUAUCGCCGGGGUGGACGCCACCGCGGUUGCCAUAGGAGAAGCACUACAACAACAACAACGACAACAACAACGGCGGCAACAACAACAACAACAGCUCCUGCUGGUAGAAAGAGGCGUGAGAUCAUGGAUUCUCCUCUUGUGCCAGCAAUCGAAGUCUAACAAAUGUGGAAACAUUGAAAAGUCCAAUUACAACGAAAGUAAACAAUGUCGGAAUAUUAAAUUUUCACUUGAAAGUAUGAUUAUAACUGCACUACUAUGUAAUAUAAAGCAUAAUAUAUAAUAGUUUAGGAAUGGUUUUUGGAACGAAUAGUAAUAAAGAUAUAUCAACGCUUAUAUAUGGA